UGUUGCCAGCCCCAACUUCAGAGAGAGGAGACAUGCAGUUUAUCCUCCAUUCAUCUGCUUCCCUCCGCUUUGUUUGCCUGAAGCCUCCACCCAAAGGCGGAUGAAGUGUCGCUGCGUUCCGUCUCCGUCUCUCGGGGCUCUUUUCGUGGAAUCAUUUCGCUGCUCUUUUUGUGUGGACCGCCAUCACCUCCCAGGCUCAUCCGGCAGCUAAGACCUUAACACUUUAAGUCCUCCCGCAGAGGUUACAUAAGAAGGUGCACUUUUCAUUCUUUUAUUCUGCCUUAGAGAGACGUCCUCAGUCCGGGUUCAUGCCAGAUCUGCAGCGAUUUAGUUUUCCAUACCAUAGCAUGAAUCCAUUGUUGGGGGCCAGCACGCAUCUCCAACAACAGCCGCAGCCCAGCCAAGCACCAGGACACCCCCUUGAGUCCCCGCCGGGCCUCCUCUCGGACGCCGUUUUCGGUGCUUCGGAUCCGGCGUCUUUCCUGCUGGCUAACCUCCCGGGGCCAGGAGGGCCUGAGCACCCAGGGCCUGAGUUCCCCUCGCAGACCUCCCCUUACCCCCACCACUAUCCCCACCAUCAUCAAUACCACCACACGGUGCACCAUCCUCCUGCAGCCAUGGCUCUCAGAAACGACCUGGGCUCCAACAUCAGCGUCCUCAAGACCCUGAACCUGAGAUUUAGGUGCUUUUUGGCUAAAGUGCAUGAGCUGGAGCGCAGGAAUAAGCUUUUGGAGAAGCAGCUGCAGCAGGCGCUGGAGGCCAACAAAGGAUGCGGCGAAGGCAGGCCUCACACCCAAGAUGCUGGCGUGCAAACCGGUUUUGUCGGGGCCAUCCCGCUCCGACCUGGAUCUCUGCCUUUCCACAACACCAACAACUCAGCCAGGAGGCCCACCUCUUUAUUCCCAUCCUCCCUCCAAGCUCCGGACAACUCCACCCAAACAAACACCUCUAGUAACCCGACCAUCACCAUCAGCCAGGACCCAACCUCCCCUGGAUCCAGAACCUCCGGACCAGGCCGCUCCAUCACUGCCGCGCCACGCUUCCUCCCAGGCACGAUCUGGUCCUGCAACCCCACCCGCAGGUAUGGAGCGGAGCGCCCCACCAGCCCAGGUGUGUCUUGGGUCCACCCGGACGGAGUCGGGGUCCAGAUUGACACCAUCACCCCCGAGAUCAGAGCGCUCUACAACGUCCUGGCCAAAGUGAAGCGGGAGCGUGACGAGUACAAACGCAGAUGGGAAGAAGAAUACACAAUGAGAUCGGACCUGCAGCAGAAGAUUGCCGACUUGCAGGAGGACCUGCAGGAGAGUGAAGGCUGUCAGGACGAGCUGGCCAUCAGAGUUCAGCAGCUGAAGGCCGAGCUGGUUCUGUUCAAGGGCCUCAUGAGCAAUAACCUCUCAGACCUGGACACCAAGAUCCAGGAGAAAGCCAUGAAAGUGGACAUGGACAUCUGCCGCAGGAUCGACAUCACAGCUCGCCUCUGUGACGUUGCCCAGCAGAGGAACUGUGAAGACGUCAUCCAGAUGUACCAGGUCCCAAGCAAUCAAUCGUCGUUGAGCCUGCGCCGCAAACAAACGCCUCAGUCGGUGAACGGCAGCGAAGGAGACGAAACGACGGUCAGCACCUUGGAGAGCGACGCAGGCGUGACCAAGGAGGAGGACCAGCAGCAGCAGCAGCACGGCGGCUCGGCAGCCAAUCAGAUCAAUGAGGAGAUGCAAAGGAUGCUGAACCAGCUACGCGAGUGUGAGUUUGAGGACGACUGUGACAGUCUGGCCUGGGAGGAAACGGAGGAGACACUGCUUCUGUGGGAGGAUUUCCCAGGAUGCACUCUGCCUCCAGAUCCCGCCCACCCACCUGGAGAGGAGGACUGCCUGGAAAAAGUGAUAAAUGACACAGAAUGUUUGUUCAAGUCCAGAGAGAAGGAAUACCAAGAGACCAUUGACCAGAUUGAGCUGGAGUUGGCCACAGCAAAGAGCGACAUGAAUCGCCACCUGCACGAGUACAUGGAGAUGUGCUCCAUGAAGAGAGGCCUGGACGUCCAGAUGGAGACCUGCAGGAGACUCAUCACGCAAAGCGGAGACAGUAACGCCACGGCUGCUCAGACGUCCUCCGACGACAGUGAUCAAAGAGAGAGCGACAGAAGCUCGGCGUCGCCUCCUUCUUCUGCCAGUGCCCGGAGGUCCUGACAUAUCGUUGCCGGGGUCACGUGAUCUCCCAAACAGUACACAACGCUACCCUGUAACGACAUCAUUCACAUCCCUUGUAGUCAGUAUGCAUUCUCUCCAUCAUCAUCUAGUCUGAGCUUGGCUUCCUUACAUCAACAUUUAGUAGGAUUUGGUACAAAAAGUUAAGUAGUAAAAAAACGCUUAAAUAGCAGUUUAAUUAAUUAUGAACAAGAUCUUGGCUUAUGGAGAUUUGUAUAGGCUAGUGCCUAUAUAACUCAACCAUUUAUAUAUACACAUCAGUAGGCUAAAUGAACCUCUUCAACAUAAGAUCUUGGCUUUUUUGUGUAGUUUUUUUGGGGCAAAAUGUUUCUGAAUAUGCCAUAUUUAGGAGGCAAAAUAGUAUUGCUCUGGACUAAAUUGAGCUUUUUCUGGGGGAGUAAAAUAUAUUUUUUGGGGGGGAGCGGCAAAUAUUUGCUAUUACAAAAAUUUUAGUGAAUGUUAGGAAAAUGCAGAGUUGUCAGCGUGGAGUGUUAUUUUGGGGCCUAAAUGUUGGCGUAAAAAAAAGCAAAAAUAUACCGUGUUUUUCUGACUACCGUAUUUCCUUGAAUUGGCGCCGGGAAUAUAGUAUUCGCCUGCCUAGAAUUACAGCCGGGUCAAACUCGUUUCACAAAAUAAUUAGCGCAUGCUUGGCACUUCCGCCGGGUCAAAUAUGAGUCAUUAAAUGACUCCCGCCUCCUGGUGGUAGAGGGCGCUAGUGAUCCUUCUUGCGACUACCAGUACUACAGGAGACAGGUACUGCAGAAGAAGACAACAAGCAGCAAUUGUUUGCUUGCACUUUUAACAUGGAGGAUUACAUAUCUAAAAUAAAACAGUUUUCUAAACUGGACUUUCAAUCGAAGCAGGAGGUAAUAAUUAAAGGAAUAUCUCCAGAGACUUUUAAAAUUGAAGAAAGAUAAGAAAGACUGCCUUUGAUCAGAAGCAGCUGCACAUGGACCCAUUUACAAGUAAAGGUAAGAUCAUAAUAACGUUUUUUUUAAAUUAAAUGUGCUUUUCAUGAUAAUGUAUGCGCCGGAGUGAGAAGAGGUUUUAAAAUAAUUAGCGCAUGCUUGCCCAUUCCGCAUGGUUUUGGUAACCGCAGGAGUGAGAAGAGGUUUUAAGUUAAUUAGCGCCCCUGCGGCUAUUCAAGGAAAUACGGUAUAAGUCGCUCCGGAGUUUAAGUCGCACCAGCCGAAAAUGCAUGAUAAAGAAGGGAAAAAACAUAUAAAAGUCGCACUGGAGUAUAAGUCGCAUUUUUUGGGUAAAUGUAUUUGAUAAAACCCAACACCAAGAAUAGACAUUUGAAAGGGAAUUUAAAAUAAAUAAAGAAUAGUGAACAACAGGCUGAAUAAGUGUACGUUAUAUGAGGCAUAAAUAACCAACUGAGAACGUGCCUGGUAUGUUAACGUAACAUAUUAUGGUAAGAGUCAUUCAAAUAACUAUAACAUAUAGAACAUGCUAUACGUUUACCAAACAAUCUGUCACUCCUAAUCGCUAAAUCCCAUGAAAUCUUAUACGUCUAGUCUCUUACGUGAAUGAGAUAAAUAAUAUUAUUUGAUAUUUUACGGUAAUGUGUUAAUAAUUUCACACAUAAGUCGCUCCUGAGUAUAAGUCGCAACCCCGGCCAAACUAUGAAAAAAAACUGCGACUUAUAGUCCGAAAAAUACGGUAAAUGCAAUAAAGACAGAUUUUGUUGUGCCCAAAUAUGAAUUUAACAUUUGGACACAAAUUGUAGUGCUAUUCCAAUCAGUAAAUGUUGUGUUUUUUUCCGUGAUAAUUGCAUUUUACGAAGCAAAGUAUUUUCUUUUUGUGUUCAAAUUAGUGCUAAAAAAGAUACAUUUCUAAAAUCAGAUUAGUCACACUUUAAAAUUUUGAUUAACCGCGAUUAAUUGCAGCAUCCACUGCUUGUUGUCGAUGUACUAGUAGCGUUCUUGCGAGCAGCUGUCUCAAAAAGGUGUUUUGCUGUUAGACGGUACUUUGAAAUGGUUGUACUUCUAUGAAAAGAGAUUAUGCAAAUUACCUUAAUUUUUAGCUAAACUCCUGUCGUUUUGUAGCAAAAUUAGCCAGAUAGUCUCCUCACUCAUAUUUGCACUGAUGUAUGCAUGGACCUGAUCGCUGACCGUAUAACAACCCACGCUGCCUUUACAAGUAACCUUCCGCUUAGCACGUGCGCUCACACAUGAUUAUCGUGACCAUUUUGUGUGAAUAAUCGCAUGCGUUAACUUUGACAGCCCUUUCUAAAACCUAAUAUUGUUUUUGAGGAGAUAAAAUAUAUCAUUUUGAAGUUUUGAGCAUUUUGUAGGCUGUUGGGGGAAUUGUGAAGCAUAUAUUACAGCGUAUAUCGGCACAAUAAAUACAGCUUUUUAUGGGGGGGGGAUUUAGUUUUUGUGGGAUCUGUAGGAAUAACAGGUAGAGUUACUGCAAGGAAGUUAUAUGUAGUUUGCAAAAAUAUGCUUUUUAGGGAGGAAAUUAAAUUGAAGAUAGGUUUAGGCUAGGGAUGUCCGAUAAUAUCGGCCUGCCGAUAUUAUCGGCCGAUAAAUGCGUUAAAAUGUAAUAUCGGAAAUUAUCGGUAUCGUUUUUUUAUUAUCUGUAUCGUUUUUUUUGUUUGUUUUUUUAAAAAAUUAAAUGGAUUUACUAAUUAAAAAAUUAAAAAAAAUAAAAAAUAAAUGAAUAAAAUAUAUAGAUUUUAAAAAAAUGAGAAUCGAUUCUGAAUCGCACAACGUGAGAAUCGCGAUUUGAAUUCGAAUCGAUUUUUUCCCACACCCCUAAUAUAUAUAUAUAUAUAUAUAUAU